AUGGGUCGCCAGGAGAAGAACUCACGGCGGAUUAGUGUGAAAAUUACGGGUGCUGGGAAACAGGAAAAGUAUAUUCUGAAUGACGUGCGAACAGUGCAAGAGCUAGGACUUCCAUCUCAAACACUAAAUUACGAAGAAUUAGCGAAGUCGUUCCCACACCUCCAGGGACUUCCCGUGGAUGCUUACUGCCAGAAGACACGAGAAGGCGGCAAUAGCGACCCAGUAGCCGCCAAAACAAGAUUGGGAUGGUGUGUGUACGGGAAAAAUUCUACCAGUGAAAAUUCAAUGGAGCAGCUUCAUAUUCACGCCGUCGAGAGUAUCAGUAACACCGAGUUACACAAUUCCAUGCGAAAAUUCUUUGCGGUUGAGGAUGCUGUGAUUUCGAAACAGAUAGAAUCUGAGGAUGAUAAGCGAGCACGCGGCAUUUUAGAAGCAACUACUGUGCGCAAGGGGAAUCGUAUGGAGACAGGUUUACUAUGGCGCAAAGACAACGUGUACUUUCCGGACAGUCACCAAAUGGCGUUAAACAGACUGAAAGGAUUAGAGAAAAGGUUAGGGAAAGAUCCAGCACUCCGUAAGAAAGUUAAUGAACUCAUCGAAAGCUUCGAGCAUAAAGAGUACGUUCGUAAAAUCACGCCACAAGAGCUGGAAAGCUCGAACCGUCAUCAAAGAUGGUAUCUACCAAUAGGAGUUGUGACAAAUCCCAAAAAACCGAACAAAAUUCGAAUGGUGUGGGACGCUGCAGCGAAGGUGAACGGAGUUUCCUUCAACGACAUGCUUCUAAAAGGUCCGGAUCUACUCGUACCGCUAGUGGAUGUUCUGAUACGGUUCAGGGAAGGCAAAAUAGCAGUAUGCUCCGACAUUCGUGAAAUGUUUUUACGGAUUUUAAUUCGAGAUGCUGAUAAGAUGUCACAGUGCUUCCUGUGGCGCAAUAGUCCGGAAGAUAAAGUACAGGUAUACGUUAUCAAUGUCGCCAUGUUCGGAGCGACUAGCUCUCCAUGUACAGCGCAAUAUGCGAAGAACAAAAAUGCUCUAGAUUUUGUGGAGCAAUACCCCAGGGCAGUGCAGGCGAUAGUCAAAAACCACUAUGUGGACGACUUCCUUGACAGCGUCAAUUCGGUGGAGGAUGCCGUCCAACUGGUCAAGCAAGUCCAGCAUAUCCAUGCAGCCGGUGGGUUUGAAUUCGGAAAGAUUCUGUCCAACUCUCCCGAGGUACUCGACUGCCUUGGAGAGACCAAUCCUUCAUCCAGUAAGUCGUUAACGGUGGAUAAAGAAGUAGUUCAUGAACGAGUAUUAGGAGUUGUAUGGGUUCCUUCAGCAGAUCACUUCACAUUUGAUCAAGCAGAACCUCAAGCUGACUUCAAGGGAUAUUACGGAGCUCCAACCAAAAGACAAGUCCUCCGAACCAUAAUGAAGUUAUACGAUCCCUUGGGAUUCAUCGCACAUUUCGUUGUGCAUGGAAAGAUCCUCAUGCAGGAAAUUUGGCGAUCGGGGACGAACUGGGACGAGCCCAUUGCAGAACACAUUCAAGAGCUGUGGAAUAUUGCAGCCAUGAUGGGAUCUCGUCUGCUGCAAAGCAUCUGUGCAGCAUGUACUGUCAACAUCAAGCAGCGGUUCUUGUGGACCGACUCAGCGACAGUUUUGGCGUGGCUUCGGUCCGACAGCCGACGGUAUCACCAAUUUGUCUCGUUUCGCGUUGGCGAAAUUCUGUCGCUUACUAGCGUAACGGAGUGGCACUAUGUACCAUCGAAACUGAACGUAGCUGACGACGCCACCAAGUGGAAUUCGGGUCCGUCUUUCGAUCCGAAUAGUAGAUGGUUCCAAGGACCAUUGUUUUUAAGAAAGCCACAGGAGGAUUGGCCGAAGGAAUUGGUAGAUAAAUGUAGGGAAGUCGAAGCCGCGAGCGAAGAAGUUAAUUUCGUAGCAGUACAUCGAGUAAUAGAGGAAGUAAUCGACGUGGAACGUUUUUCAAGUUGGCACCGUAUGCUUCGAACGAUGGUCUACGUGCACCGAGCAGUGGACAUCUGGAAACACAUCCGGGAGAAGAACAAACGCUGUUCCGAAAUAAACCGGAAUGAAUUUGUGAGGGCCGAAAUAGCAUUGUGGCGGCAAGCACAGUGGAAAGAGUACGAGGAGGAGAUCAACGAGCUUAAAAAGGGUUGCAGUGUUCCAAAAAGAAGUUCGCUGUAUUCCUUGUCGCCAGUCCUAGAUGAACAAGGAGUGAUUCGAAUGGAGAUCCUUUCAUCGUCGGUUCCUACACGCAAAUAG